AUGGGGCAAAGGAGAGUGUCAAAGCACGAGAAGCAGUACGUUCUGCUUUUGACGUAAUGGUGACAGAGAAGGGAGCACGUGUAGCAUUUUCGAAGUUGCUAUCAGAAGAGACCUUGAAUGCAAGGGCUCAAUCAAUGCGAGUUCCUGAUUAGGUGUUAGUAUUGCUUAAGCUGAAAUCCAGAAUCUCAGGCAAAGGGUGGCAAGAUUUCACCAAUUUGACAAAACUUGGAAGAACAGGGGUAAGGUCAUUGUACUUGACCCUUUGGCUCGCUAACAUUGCUCAGUUUUGUAAUUGGAAGUAACAAGUUAACCAAAUAAUAUACAUUUAUCUUAUUUAGUUCUCAACAACUUUUUGUAUUAUUUUUGUUAAGUUAUCAUUUAACAAUGUACCAGGGGAGAGGCCAGCACACCACACAUCUAUCUUAAGACCAAACUCUCUCUCGAUGGAUGAGCAGUUCCCCUUUCUUCCUUACCGAGAAAGGUCCAUAUCUGCCCUAAAGUGAGAUGCAGUUUACUACUUUUAGUUAAGCAAUUAUUGUUUUUUUACUUAAGAAAAAGAAAUGACGAGUGUGUAUUCCUGACCAAAAACAAGAUUGUAGCAUUGAAACAGGAGCAGUUUAAAGCGACUAGAAGAUUGGUUGGUCUUCAGAAGCUACCACCUGAUGUUCCAGGGUAUGAAGUGAAUCUUGCUAAUAUAAUCACUUUGGCCAUCCCGGAAAUGUGGCUACAUAGUUUUGCCUCCUCUAAAGUGGUCUCUAAUUUGAAGGCUGAUGGGCGCCCUUUCUUUGGUAAGCCACAAGUUGUUUUAUGGCUAUAUGUACCUAACUUUUUACAAUAAAUUGAACAUUUUCACCCCAACAGGGGCUUUAUACUAGUUUAGCCUGUGGGUGGGUAAUUGCUGUGCAUAUUCUUCACUUGCAAAAGACAAUAAUAUUGGUUAGAGUUUUUACUGAUUACUAAUACUGAUAUACACUAAAGUAAGAAUUUCAUGUUUUCAGGGAAAGACCAGCUGACAUUUGGUGUUGUUCCUCUGGAUGAUGGGUGUCAUUCUACAGUGGCCCACAAGGGUCACUACCCAUUAUCUCACAACAUAUUUCGAAUUAUUAAGAGCAGAUGUCUGUAA